AGACUCCCCGCCUGCCGACUUUUGGCUGCGGAAAGGCUUCAACUGGCCCGACACUGACCUUGCCGUCGCAUAAGAACGCAAUUAUCUUGAAUGACCUUUAUUAAUCCAAAAUGCCUAUUAUCCUUGCGGUCGUUUUUCUCGGGCUUUCCCCCCUACGGGUUGCCGCUGACUGGUGGGACGACUUUGCCAACAAUCUCGGAACGGACCUGGCCCCAGUCAUUGCCCUGUUUGGCGAGGCGCCGACGAAGCAAUACUUGAGCGAGAGUCUCACGUACAUCGACUACUUCAUCUUCGCCAUGGCCCCGCUCGGAAUAUUGACGGCAGUCGUGUCGGCCAUCCGUGUUCGCGGCGGCUCGUCCCUCCGGGCCUUCAUCGGCCGGUCUCAGGAGGGCAUGGGCGCCAUCGAGGCUGAGCUCUGCUCGUCGACCAGUCGUGAUGUCUGUGAGCUCUACAACAACGGCGGUAUCUCUCGGAUUAUUGGGAGGCCACGGAUGCUAGAGCUGGUCUACGACCCAACAGCCAGCGACUACGAAUUCUACGACAACACAACUGCUGGCUUGUACUCGGUGCAAGAAUACUUUGUGAAAGAUGCCAAGAAUAACAAAAAACGCAAAUGGGCAGAGAUGGUGCCGGCCGGGAGGCUUGGAGGGUUUCUACAGGACAGGCCGGCCGAUCAAGGCAAUGGUUUCGACGUCUUCGUCUCAUCCAUUGUUGAAGGGAAUGCAUCGAAGCCUUUUGCUCCGAGUCCUAACCUUACACUCAACGUCUGGAUGAAGAAAGUUCCCGCUGCCGCCAAAUACGCAGCGGCGGCCACCGGACUCGCCGCUCAAGGUGGCGUCAUUGUGCUGGGGGCGGUUAUUACCUACUAUCUUGGUCUCUCAAGGGAAGAUUCCGAGAUCUCAAGGUAUGGAUUCCCCCUGAUGGCUUGUGGCACUCUCAUGUUAUGCGCCGGGGUUUUCCUGUGUGCAUCUCUCGUAGGUGAAAGCACUUCCAAGAGGAGGUUUCAGCAAGUUAGUGACGGGAUAGGGCCUGGGCCGCAGCGCCGACCCGAGUUUGCCUGGCUCCAGCCUGGGGGUCAGAGAGUUGGCGACCAAGAGUUCGACGCUUUUGCGUACACCGAUCACCUGAAGGAGUACAUGACUUCAUGGAAAGCCACGGGUAACGUAGUCGACGCCUUUGCACCGCCCGCCGAUAAAACGGAGCGAUCUUCAACCCAGCUGGUCGGAGGCCCAACGGUGUACGGUGCCGUUACCAUGUGUGUGCUCGGGUUCAUUUUCCAAUUCAUCGGCUUGCGAGACAUCCACCCAUCCGUGUCCAUAGCCCAAUUGGCCGCCACCUUGCUCAUGAGCUUCGUUCGAUCCCUUCUUCGGACUCGGAGGCUAGAUCCUUCCAGAAACCUUUUAGAAGGCGUGUCGGAUUUUGUCCGUGGCUAUGAGCUCGACUGGCUUGCUCUGCGUCUUGCCAGUCGCGAUACCGCCCCGGGUGGUGUUGCCACUGCGAACAAAUCAACCGAAACUGGGGUGGCAUAUCGGCCCCUGUGGGUUUUGACUGGGUCUGACGAGAGCCCUGGGGCUCUGAGCCAUCAUCACAGAGCCUGCCACGCCUCGGACAACCAUCAUUGCAUUCACCGCACGCGGGAUUCAUCAAUUUUCCUUCUCCGUCAUGAUUCGGAUCGAGACAGGGCGAAACGAAUAAUCCAAGCUUCCCUCGCCGGAGACGGAGAAGAGCGCGUGCCCGUUUUCGGCGCUAUAAGGGAUUUGCGGAUUCCGUCUGAAACAAAAUUGUCGCCGGAGAAGUUGUCUUUCGCAAAGAAAGCAUUCGCCCUGCGGAAGCAGCUUGUCAAAUUUACGGGCCAAGAGACAUGCCUGGCGGUCCCGGACCUUAGGGUACCGGCAGCAAUGCGGAGCUGGACGGCCGGUGAAGUAGCAGUCCGAGGGCUCGCGGUUCAACUUGCUUCCGCAAUCGGACGAGUUGCCGAUGCAUUGUUUUCGGGUGACACGAUAUUCAAGGGGAGAUGGAGGCAUUCAGACUCAUUCUACUGGUCCGUAUACGCUCUGGGUACCAUUCGACGACAAUACGAGCCAUUCCCGAUAUACUUCAGUAUUCACAGGAACUCUCAAGGGGGUCGAUGGACGACCGACCCAGCCGUUUUGGAAGUUGCCUUGGGGCUGUGGUGUUGGUCCCUUCGCGCCGACGCCAGAACCGACUUCAGAGACGAGUCCACCGGCCAGCGAAUAUCUGGAGCAGACGAAGUCACAAACUAUCGAAUAAUUUCGAUCAAAGCCGACAACUCUGGUAGCAGGUGGGGUCUGGGCAAACUUAACGGUGGUCAGCUGUGGCUCCGCAACCAACGAGGGCUCGCACCAACAGAUAUCUUUUACUCACCCGGUCAGGCCCCGAAGGAUUCAUUCCACGGAUCCCAGGAUCUGUUUAUUGAAUCCCGAAUGUAUCGACCACACCACUCUGUACAUUCCGGGUUGCCAUCCGAAUCAGGGAAUGGACCGAACGUGCUCCCCUCUACCAAACGCUUGUUUGGUUGGUACGCUGUGCCCCCGGGCCCUCUUCGCGCUGAGGAUCACAUUGUUUCAGAUUGUGAUUUUGAAGCCCAAAGAGUAGAUGCACCAAUACCGAUUAUGUGCGCUCAGGAUUUCUUCGGCCUUUUCUUGCGAUCUCUUUUCUCCAUCGUUGACCGACUCGGUGGCACGUUCCGAGUCAACCUCUCUAGCACGGCUUCACCAUUUCUGGAUAAUACAUUGGUGUCUGAAGUAGUGGCCAUACUUGAAGAUUGCCAUUUAGGGUCACAAACAGAUUUACUUUUGACGGUCUUGCCCGCCAUUGGCACUCGGGGGCUAUCCACGUACGAAGGCUUGCUACGCGCCACCCGCCGGGUCGCCAAGAAUCUACGACUCACUCGCCAGUGGGAACGAGGCGCCACGCUACUAGAUGAAGCGGCCAGAUGCAUCCUCGUCCGUCAUUUCGGAUCUACCUUGGUCCCUCCUUCACGUUCAUCAGAGGUCUUAAAUGUUACAGCACGCCUCAUUUUACAGCAUAUUCACCACGUCUUCCUUGGUCAGCAGGGGAAUCCCAAACCGAACUUGCCCGAACUGAACCUAUACGAGCGGCUCGAACACGCCAACCUUGGGCAUUGGUGGCGGGGGGAUGGACGGGACUUCGGGACACUAGAGGGCUUGCGGGAUGAAUACAUACAAGCCCUAGGCGUAAAUGAACCUUCCGAAAGCAGCGCCCUCUUCCCGACGCCUCGGGCAGCUGUAAUCCUCAGGAGUCUCGCCAUCGGCAUACCACCAUCACUCCACCAAAUAUUGCGAGGGCAAGGCCCAACGGACGACGAUCUGAUGGACGAAUUUUUCAGCCUCAUUGUGGAGCGGGCUUUGGAGCUGGGAACAAAUGUUAACGCACAGGAUGAGGCCGGAAAAACGGCGCUCGCCAUCGCUGCCGACAAUGGUAUGACCAAGGUCGUGGCUGCACUGUUGGAAGGCGGCUCCGAUACGGAACUCGGAGAUAAUGAAGAGAUGACACCGCUACACCAUGCUGCGAGGAGCGGCAACCUCGAGGUGGUCCAAUCACUGCUCUGGGCCAAGGGUGAUUACGAGUCGAGCGCUGACAAGCACGGCAUGACGCCGUUGCUUCAUGCUGCAAGAAACUCGCAUGGAUCCAUCACGGAAUUCAUCAUUGCUUACGCUGGCAGGGACUCCCUCAUGGACAUUGAGUUUGACCUUUUGGCCAAGGCAGAAUGGGGCGAAGAUGAGCAAGUCGCCGUUCUCAAACAUCUCGGAAAACCAUGGCCUACGGAAAGUUGUGAAGCAGGCAGGCAUCCAUUUGUGACGUUUUUGGAGAAGAAGAAGUUUCAGGUUGCCCUCGAAUUCAUCAACAGCAACAUUAUCGGGUUUAAAUAUACUGGGCCAAUACCACCCGACAUUGACAGAGACUUUCUAUCCCUCGCCGCGGGCUCGGGCAAAAGACAAGUCGUCGAACGGCUCCUGGAAAAACACGCCAUUCCAGUAACAGAGUUUGCAUCUUCAAUGAUAGUCGCCGCGAUGAGCGGACACGCGGACAUCCUUCAGCUCCUUAUCGAGGACGAUCGCGUUACAAAGAACACCGUCGCAAAGGGCAUCAAGAAAAUACGAAAGGAGGCAGAGCUCCUUCUUGCAAUGCAAAUCGUGACGACGAACGCCAGUGCCAAUGACAAGGGAAUGACUCCAUUACUGUUCGCCACGAAGUACGGACAGGAGGCGAUGGUAUAUUUCCUGACCCGGGGAGUGUAUGAUUACCUAGGACGGGGGGAGGCUGUGAAUAGGAAUAUACUGGCGUUGGCGGCUGGCUGUGUGGGAAGUGUCAUCGGGCAGCUCCAAAAAGCAAACGAGCCGCCCUCGAGUGAUGACGCGGCGGAUACCAUGGUGCAGGAGGCGAAGGCUCGGGCCGAGAAUAUCCUGCAGCGAUUACUUGGCCAUAUUUGGAAUCCAGAAGUCGAUCGGAUGUUGAACUGGCAGGACGAGGACCAACGGACGGUGUUGAUGAUUGCCGUGGAGAACGACCUCGAGUUGGGUGUGAAGUCGCUGCUAGCGAGAGGAGGUAAUCCAUCCUUAACAAACAAAGAGGGGAAGACGGCGAAGCAGAUUGCAGGGGAGCGCGGAAACCAGAAGAUAAUUGCCCUCUUCGAGAGUUAGAGUGACAGAAAGAGUUCUGAUGUCGCCACGGUCUGUGUCGCGACGGGGUGGCUGCGGUUUCCUUACCUUUUCCCUUCGAAUGUUGUCUCUCUCUUGCUAGGAUGCGCGUUGUGACCUAUCGAGGCGACGCCGGUUCAGGCGUUGUUGAGAACA